CUAUGGGGCUUACCAACCAAAUAAACCACUAGAUCCCAUGCAGAGAGGAGGGGGUAUGCCUCCCUAUGGUAAUCUUCAAGCUUCAAACCUCCCCCCUACACUACCAGUAUCAGGGUACCAACCCUCUACUGCUGGUUACAAUCCAAACCCUAAUCCAAAUGAUCUAUCUACCAAUUUUAAAAAUUUAGCUUUCAACGAACGCACUACAACAACUAUAAAUUUAUUAAACGAAAAGAAUUUAAUACAUCGUGAUGGUUUAGAGACGGUAAAACCCAAUUUACAACAUGAUUUUAAAAAGGUCCAUUGUAAUCCUGAAGUUUUUAGAUGUACAUUAAAUGCAAUGCCUCAAACUUCGUCAUUAUUAAAUAAAGCUCGUUUACCAUUAGGAAUAUUAAUACAUCCAUUUAAAGACCUCUCGCAAUUACCAGUAAUUCAGUCUAGUGUAAUAGUGAGAUGUCGGUCCUGUCGAACCUAUAUCAAUCCUUAUGUACAUUUUGUGGAUUCGCGACGAUGGAAGUGUAAUCUAUGUUAUAGAGUUAAUGAUUUACCUGAAGAAUUUAGUUUUGAUCCAGUAACUAAAACAUACGGUGAUCCACAAAGACGACCAGAAAUACGUUCAGCAACUAUAGAAUUUAUAGCUCCUUCAGAAUAUAUGUUACGUCCUCCCCAACCUGCUGUAUAUUUAUAUCUAUUAGAUGUGUCUUUCAAUGCUAUUAGUACAGGUUAUUUAAAUCUGUUCUGUCAGACAUUAUUAGAUGAAUUAGAUAAAAUACCUGGUGAUUCUAGAACUCAGAUUGGAUUUUUAUGUUAUGAUAGAUCAUUAUAUUUCUUUAAUUUAUCUGAAGGAUUAUCACAACCUCAAAUGUUAAUAGUUCCAGAUUUAGAUGAUGUUUUCCUACCCCUCCCUGAUGAAUUAUUAGUGAAUCUACAUGAAAGUAAAGAGUUAAUUAGUGAUUUAUUAAACAAUUUACCAUCCUUAUUCGAGGGUAACAUGGAAACUGGAAGUGCCUUAGGGGCUGCAUUACAAGCUGCAUAUAAACUUAUGCAUCCAACUGGUGGUCGAAUCACAGUCAUGCAGACAGUUUUACCUACAGUAGGUCAAGGUGCACUACAACUUCGUGAGUCAUCUUCUCAAACUUCUGCUAAGAAUAUCCCACACCUUGGUCCAGCUACAGAUUUUUAUAAAAAAUUAGCAUUAGAUUGUUCAGCACAGCAGAUAGCUGUAGAUUUAUUUAUGUUAAAUGGCCAGUAUGCUGAUAUAGCUUCAUUAUCCUGUAUUUCAAAAUAUUCAGCUGGUUGUAUUUACUAUUACCCAUCAUUCCAUACUAUAAAGAAUAUCCCAGUAACAGAGAAAUAUGAAGCUGAUUUACGGCGUUAUUUAACCAGAAAGAUAGGGUUUGAAUCUGUGAUGAGAAUAAGAUGUACAAGAGGACUAAGUAUCCAUACCUUUCAUGGUAACUUCUUCGUUAGAUCAACAGAUUUAUUAUCAUUGCCUAACAUUAAUCCUGAUGCAGGAUUUGGGAUGCAAAUGUCUAUAGAGGAUACACUAGCUGAAGCAUCAACUGUCUGUUUUCAAGCUGCCUUACUUUAUACUUCUAGUAAAGGUGAGCGUAGAAUCCGAGUUCACACCCUGUGUUUACCAGUGACUAACCAUAUAUCAGAGGUCUAUUCAUCAGCAGAUCAACAGGCUAUAAUAUCUUUACUGGCCAAGAUGGCUGUAGAUCGAUCAUUAACGUCCAGUAUGGGUGAUGCUAGGGAUGCCUUGAUGAAUGCUGCUAUAGAUUGUAUAGGAUCCUAUUCUACUCAACUCAACUCUUCACAGAAAAUGGGAGCUGUAGUUCUCCCUCACUCUUUAAGAAUAGUACCUUUGUUUAUACUGGGAUUGUUAAAAAGUACUGGUUUUAAAGGAAAUACCAAUACCAAAACAGAUGAUAGAGUAUUUGCUUUACAACAGUUUAAAGUUUUACCUAUAUCAUACCUCUUACAGUCUAUAUAUCCUUCACUCUAUCCUGUACAUAAUAUAACAGAACAGUCAGAAGUAGUGAAAUCUGGUACGUCUGUAAGAAUGCCACCAUUAAUUCAACUGUCGUCUGCUAACAUAGAUCGUCAUGGUGUUUAUGUAAUGGAUACAGGGGAGAGUGUUUAUAUGAUAGUGGGAGGUUCCGUUAGUGAUACAUUCUGUCAAAAUGUUCUAGAUAAACCUAAUUUUAUGUCUAUUCCAGACACUAUGAGUGAUUUACCAGAAAUGGAGAAUCCAUUAUCAAUAGAUUUACGUAAUUUUAUUAACUAUUUAUUAGAUUGUCGUCCUAAUGGCUCAACUUUCUUAGUCAUGAGAGAUGAUAGUAAGGCUCGACAUUUAUUUUAUCAACAUAUGGUAGAAGACAGGACUGAGUCCAGUAUGUCAUAUUAUGAAUUUUUACAAUAUCUUCAACAACAGAUUAAAUAA